AUGGCGCCCCUGAGUGACUAUUCCGAUGACGAGUCCCAGCCGGGCUCCCCCGUGCUUGGUGCGGCAGAUCAAAACGGUGUUGACCAUGAAGAUUUCGACGACCAGGACUUGGAUGACGACCUCGACGAUCAUGACGCAAAGCCGAUUAAGUCCGCUUUGAAACAGUCAUCUUUAGCCCCCUCCGCCCCAGCAGAAACGAAGCCAGAGCUCCCAGAACAGCCAGACCCAGAAACACUAGACCUGACCACACUGACACCGUUGUCCCCCGAAAUUAUUGCCCGGCAGGCUACAAUCAACAUUGGCACAAUCGGACACGUCGCCCACGGCAAGUCAACUGUGGUAAAAGCCAUUUCCGGAGUGCAAACCGUUCGGUUCAAAAACGAGCAGGAAAGAAACAUUACCAUCAAGCUAGGCUACGCCAAUGCAAAAAUUUACAAGUGCGACAACCCCGAGUGCCCGCGUCCAGGAUGUUAUACAAGCUUCAAGAGUGAGAAAGAGGUAGACCCGCUAUGUAAGAGAGAUGGAUGCUCCGGUACAUAUCGCUUAGAGAGACAUGUUUCGUUUGUUGAUUGCCCCGGUCACGACAUUCUCAUGAGUACUAUGCUUUCUGGUGCCGCUGUCAUGGAUGCAGCGUUGCUUCUCAUCGCCGGAAACGAAACUUGCCCUCAGCCUCAGACAUCUGAGCAUCUGGCAGCCAUUGAGAUCAUGAAGCUUAACCAUAUAAUUAUUUUACAGAAUAAGGUGGACCUUAUGAGGGAAGAUGGUGCUCUUCAACACUACCAGUCGAUAUUGAAGUUCAUCAGAGGCACUGUCGCUGAUGGUUCACCCAUCAUCCCCAUUUCAGCUCAGCUCAAGUACAAUAUCGACGCUGUGAACGAAUACCUAUGCACGCACAUUCCGGUUCCUAUCCGUGAUUUUACCGCUUCCCCCCAUAUGAUAGUCAUCCGCUCUUUUGAUGUGAACAAGCCUGGAUGCGAGAUUGAAGACUUAAAAGGCGGCGUUGCAGGUGGUUCUAUCCUAACUGGUGUGUUGAAGCUCGGUGACGAAAUUGAAAUUCGCCCUGGCAUUGUCACAAGGGAUGAGCAGGGUAAACUCAAGUGUCGCCCCAUUUUCAGCCGUGUUAUCUCUCUUCUAGCAGAGCAGAAUGACCUCAGAUUUGCGGUUCCUGGCGGCCUGAUCGGUGUGGGAACAAAGGUUGACCCCACGCUCUGUCGUGCUGAUCGCCUCCUUGGGUUUGUCCUUGGGCAUCGUGGUAAGCUGCCUGCUAUCUAUAGUGAAUUGGAAGUCAACUACUUCCUUCUCCGACGGCUUCUUGGCGUCAAGACUGCGGACGGAAAACAAGCGAAGGUCGCCAAACUAUCUAAAAACGAGGUUCUCAUGGUGAAUAUCGGCUCAACAGCCACAGGUGCCAAAGUGAUGGGUGUUAAGGCGGACGCAGCGAAAUUGAGCUUGACUAGCCCUGCUUGCACAGAGAUUGGCGAAAAGAUUGCACUGAGUCGAAGAAUUGACAAGCACUGGCGUUUGAUCGGAUGGGCAAAUAUUGUUGCCGGCAAUACACUGGAGCCUAUAGUCGACUAA